AUGACUGUCGCUGUCCCUUACCGAUUAGGAAGGAAGCACCAGGGAACGCUGUGCUCUUCUACCGAGAAUUGCAAGCUGCAAUAUGUUGACAGCUGUCGCAUAGCACACGAACGACUGUGAUGGGCAUUGAGUCCACAUGGUGCGUUGCAGACAUGAGUGACGCCAGUGCUCAUGCGACGUCAGCGAUAGGAUCAAUACCAAUCCGCGCAUACAAUGCCACUUACACGGCACCAGCGCAUCUACAAGGACCUACACUCUUCAUCUCUUUUCCCUUCUGUCAGGCACCUGUGGCAAUGGUCACCAUGUCCCCAUUCUACAUUGCAGAGACAUAGCUGAGUCACUUGUCCUGUUUCUUCCGUCACGUCAUGUACAUUUCUGAGGCCUCUUGGAGAUAGGAGCAGGACCAGUUCGUGGCUGCAGACCUGAAGGAAGUGACGGCGACUAUCACCAGCACGGCUGCCAAGGAUUAGGACUUCCUGAAGGAGUACGCGGUACACGUCAACUACGCCGGGGCCCUUAGCUGCACCACUGAGUUUGCCUACAUCUGCUACAGCUAGGGGUAGCAGUGGUUGGCCAAACGAGUCGGGCUAA